AUUGAAAUCUGAGUUCUGGCAACGGUGAUCGGCGCGUUCAAAGUCGAGAGAGAUGUCUGCUAGGGUAACUUUGGUGAUCUAGCCUAGGUACAUGCUCUGAUCACUCUACACUGGUUCGGUACUUUCGCGGUGAAGAUCAUUUUGCAUGGUUCUGAUGGAAAUAAGAAAUUCUCACGAAGCAUAUGUUAAAGUGAAAGUACUAUUUUUUGCCAAGAGUAAAGAUCUUUCUGGAAAGAGUGAAGAUAUAUUAGAAUUACCCUCAAAAACGACAACGGAAGAAAUUCUUGCUAUUUUACAAGAAACUUACCCCAGGUUUCAGGAACUGGGAACCUGUUUUACUCUGGCGCUAAAUGAGGAAUAUUGUUCGGAAACAUUAACAGAACCUGUAUUUCUAUCGUCUGGAGACGAAUUGGCCAUUAUUCCGCCACUUGGUGGAGGCUAGAUCGUGAUGUCCAAAAUUGUCACUGAUAUUUUGUUGACAAAGGACCCUUUAUCAAUGAACAAUGUCAUUAGUAAGAUAAGUCAUCCAGCAUGUGGAGGGUUGUCAAUAUUUGUAGGCACAACUCGCAAUCACCAUGAUGGUAAAAAAGUAGUAAAAUUAGAGUAUGAAUGUUAUUCAAAAAUGGCGAAAAAACAAAUACAGUUAAUCUGCGAUGAUACUCGAAGCAAGUGGCCUGAUAUACAAAAUAUUGCAGUACAUCAUAGGCUGGGACAUGUGCCUGUGAUGGAUAUGAGUGUUAUUAUUGGAAUAUCUUCUCCGCAUCGUGAGGAUGCGAUAUCAGCAUCAAAACAUUGCAUAGAGAAACUCAAAGCUAACGUCCCUAUAUGGAAAAGGGAAAUCUAUGAAGAUGGAUCGGAAGAAUGGCAAGAAAAUAAAGAAUGUGAUUUUGGGAAAACAUAAAUCGAUAUAUUUUCCUAGUUUUCGAUUUGUACAUCAUUACUGUGUGUUAAUAAUAAGUCAUGCUGCUACGAAUAUUGAUGACAUCCAAAGUUGAAAGCAAAGGAAUAAAUGAUUGUUUUGUUUUCCACCUGGAGUAUAUCUAAAAAAGAUUCCUAAUCUUCGACUCAAGUGAUAUACAGUCACAGUCAAGCUUAUUAACUGUGAUUUAUUGACAUCAUAAUCAUUUUUAUGUUGUCAUUUUUCUUAAAGAUGAUGUUAUUCACUCAAAAGCCAAUACAAACCUCAAUCUCUAAUAUUUCAUAAUAAAUACUGGAUUUAUUUUCAUAACGUUCUUCACAUUUACAUUUGUGAGAAUUUUAUCCAUUUUGUAAUGCCUUGCUAUAGGUUGUUUUUGGCCAUUUUAUUUCACGCAUGGAAUAUUUCAUUGCAGAAUAACUCAGUUUUCUGAAAAUUUAUUGCAUUUCUAACAUUAGAUAUUGUGAACUAAAUAUUUUGAUUUGUUUUAAAAUAGCUAAAUUACAAUAAAAAAAACGAGUUAAAUUUUAUGAUUUUUAUCUUAUGUUUAAUAAUACAAAAUCGUUUCGUUGUUCCAUACACUUGGUUUAUAGGCAAGACAUGAAUUUCCUUUCUAAUUUUAUUUUUAUUGUACUUGUAGGUAAUCAUAGUUCUAUUUCAGUUUAUCGCAAUAUCAUGACAAAAUUUCUCAUUUUUCCUCCUAACAAUAUCAUUGGUUCUGUUUAGUUUAUAAUAUUGGUUUUUGUUUCUGAAUUGAACAAUUAGAGGGAUAUACUUCCUAGAAAUUUUGAAAUAAAUGAUCUUUGAAAACUACAUACAUUACAAUUUUAAUGGUGCAUUUUAUUGGUACUACAUGUUUUGGAAAUUCGUUUUAAUCCUGAAUCCAAUGAAAUUCAGUAUUGAAUUAUUGAAUAUUUGCAGAUGUUUGAUGACAAUCGUUUCCUGAGAAUUCUGAGAACUUUUCUAAAUCUGAUACCUAAAUUUUUAUCACUACCUUGUGUAUCGAUUAUUAUGCCUGGGGCAAGGUUUAUUAAAAAGGUUAAAACAGUUCAUUUCUACCAACAGUGUGUUUAUUCAGUCAAAAUCUUUGCAUAAUUUCUUUUUUUUAAAUUCUGUCAACCUGAUCAUGUUUGAUGCAUUAUGUUUUUAGAUGAAUCAUAAGAAAGUUGGCGCAAUUCCUUGUCGUAAUCCUAUAUAUCUUAAUCACCCACAAGCCACAUUUAGAGCAGUCUGUCACACAAAUUUGGUGUAUUUUACACCAUUUAAUCUAAUCUUAAUUCAAUCUAAUGAAAAAAAUCAGAACAGGGCCAGGAAUGGCAAAGGAUAUAUGUGCAGACUUAUGUUUAAUU